AUGUGGCAAGCGCAGCAGCCGUGGGUGCAGCAACAACAUAGGUGGCUGCAGCAGCAGCUCGCAGGGAUUCAAGACUCUCCAGGGACUGUGAUGCUCAGACAAGUGAAAAUGCAGCAGCAGCAGCAGCAGCAGCAGCAACGACAGCAGCAAAUGCAGCAACGGCAGCACGAAAUCUUGUCUCAGGCCCGUGGGCAGAACGGCGCCACUUGUGGGGACCAGCAACAGCAAAAGCAGCAUCGGCAAGAGCAGCAGCAGCAGCAGCAGCAGCAGCAGCUACCGCGGGAGCUGUUGUUGCAGGGGAAGGCGCACCAGUCGCGGCCGGUGCAGCAGCUGCAGCAGCUGCAGCAGCUGCAGCAGCAGAACAGCGAACAGCAACACCAGCAGCACCAGGCGGAAGCCUGCAACCCUCACGGUGAACAGUUGCGCGGUGUGGGGUGCUGCUGCUCCAAGGAAGAAUUGCAGGGGGAGGAAUUGCAGCAGCAGCAGCAACAGCAGCAGCAGCAACAGCAGCAGCAGACGCAGCACCAGCAAGAACAGCAGCAGCAGCUACACGAACAGCAGGCGCAGCAGCAUCCACACAAGCAGCAGCAGCACCCACGCGAACGGCAGCAGCAGCAACCACACGAACAGCAGCACGAACGGCAGCAGCAGAACGCGCAGCAGCAGCAGCACGAACUGCAGCAGCAGAACGAGCAGCAACAGCAGCACGAACGGCAGCAGCAGCAGCACGAACUGCAGCAGCAGAACGAGCAGCAGCAGCAGCACGAACUGCAGCAGCAGAACGCGCAGCAGCAGCAGAACGAACUGCAGCAGCAGAAUGAGCAGCAGCAGCAGAACGAGCAGCAGCAGCAGCAGCACGAACUGCAGCAGCAGAACGCGCAGCAGGAGCAUAACGAACUGCAGCAGCAGAAUGAGCAGCAGCAGCAGAACGAGCAGCCGCAGCAGCACGAACUGCAGCAGCAGAACGCGCAGCAGGAGCAGAACGAACUUCAGCAGCAGCACGACCUUCAUCGCCGCAUGGCGCUGGACGGCAGCAGCAGCGACGCACCUGUUGAAUCCCCCUGCUCAGCCUGCCUCCCCAAGCGAUAUACAAAGACAGAGCCGAAGCAGCAGCAGCAGCAGCAGCACGAACAGCAGCAGCAGGAGCAGUGGCGGGAAGAGGAUUGCGCUGAGCAGCGGGAGUUGGCGCGGCUUGUGGAGGAGCAGCAGCAGCUGCAGAGAAAAGAGCAGCAGCAGCAGCAGCAAAUAGAAGAGACGCAGCAGAAGUGCAGGACAGUGGUUAUACAGAGGGCCUUUCUUAGGUGGGAGCUGCUGCAGGCUGCGCUGCAGCAAGCGGACACCGCGCAGCAGCAGCAGCAGCAACUCACUGUGAGGCUGCUGCAGCAGUUCCUCAACAAACGAAGACACGAAAUCGUAGUCAAGCAGCAGCAACUCGACCAGCAGCACGGACAGCAGCAGCUGCAGCAGCAGCGGCAGCACGCAGCAGAAAAACUAGCUGCCACUGCUGCUGCUGCUGCUGCUGAGCUGCGCAAGUUCUGGCCAGAGACCUGCAGCAGCAAAAGCAGCAGCAAACAUAUCCCAUACAAAUACAGUGCUGCCAACAGCACCCGCAGCCAUCGACGCAGCAGCAGCAGCAGCAGCAGCAGCAGCAGCAGUAGCAGUAGCAGCAGCAUGGCGGCGUCUUCCCGGUGCACGCCAGCGAGACAGAGGCCUCCGGGUGUAUAUACACUGCAAAACGGAGAGCUGCACACGCCUCGACAUCCCCAGCGGUCUCUACGCGCUGCUGCUGUUGCUGCUGCUGCUGCUGUUGCCGCUGCUGCUGCUGCUGCUACAGGAGGCCACAAGGGCUCAGCAAAGAGAAGUAGUACUGCUCUACUGAGCGAACCCCAAAGCAAAAAGCAGCGGCAGGGCACGCUGCAGCAGCAGCAGCAGCAGCGGUUGCUGAGCGUGAAGAAGGAGCUGCAGCAGCAUUCGCACCUAAGGCAGCACCAGGUGCAGCAGCACCAGCAGCAGCAGCAGCAACAGAAGCGUGAGGGGGCUCAGCAGCACACGCUGCAGCACCCGCGCAAGCUGACGCAGAAGCAGCUGCAGCAGCGAGCACAAGCCCUUAUCGCAGCAAGACAGGCGCUACGCAGGAAGAGGCAUGCAGCACUUGCAGCAGCAGCAGAAGCAGACUGCAGCAGCAGCACCUACAGCAGCAACGGCAGCAGCAGCACCACCAAUAUCAACAAAAUCGCAAAAAACUGGGAGGAGAGACUUGCGACGCACCGAAGACACAUACUGCAGACGUUGCUGCCUUUCCCAUACUCCGACUGUCUAGACACUGAGAGUACUGCUGCUGGAGCGACGAGCUCUACAGGCAGCCGCAGCAGUGCAGAUGCAGCAGCAGCAGAAGCAUCAGCAGCAGCAGCAGGGGAAGCUGGAUGUGCAGCGUCCGUUCCCGCUGCUGCUGCCGCUGCUGAAGCUGCUGCUGAAGCUGCCGCUGAAGCUGCUGCUGAUGCUGCUGCUGCUGCUGCUGGAGCCUCAGGAAAGAAGCAGAUACGCGUCGGUAUUGCUGCGCUGCAGUGGUGUGGAGUUCGUUUUAUUGAAGAUGCGCUGGGCCCGACAGCACGGCGGGUGUUCGCAGCAAUGCAGGGCAAAGGUGAAUUCAAAAUCUUCGGUGUCCGCACUGGGGAGUUCUUAACUCCAGCUGAAGGGGCGGAGGCAGCAAAGGAGUUGCAGCCAACGGGGCAGUACGACAGCAUCAGGACAUGCGACAUAUAUCCUGAUGCUUCUGAUGCAGAGGGUCGGUGGCGGCAGCGCGUGAAUGAAGCACUGAGGGAGGCGAAGGUGGUGUGCGAUCCCCGCGAGGAAGAGUUUGGGUUUAAGCGUUUCUCUUCUGGCUGCAGUGACACCGGAAGCUCUACUGCCGCCUUUGUCGCUGUCCCAUUUAAAGGGCUUGAGUUCACCUCCAUUCGCAAGGCCUGCCCCCUUGCCUUCGUACAACAUACUGGGGAACGCCUGCUGGGGGCUGAGGUGCUGCGGGGCCCAUGGGCAAAGUGGCGGCGCCAGCGGUCAACUGUCUGCGUACACCAGGUGUUGGUGGAUGGGCUGCCUCUUUAUGUCUACUCCAAUAACCCGCAGGAACCGUUGAACAUGGGGGAUGAGCUUUGUCUGAAUAUGCUGCAGUUUCCUGGUUUUCUAACAGAUACAUUUCUGGCGACGUUGGGGCUUAUAAAGCGGCGGCGUGCGAAUGCAGAGAGCGUCUUAGAGAAUUUACGGUUACAGGGCUACACCUCCCCGCAGUGGUUGCAGCGGUGUCUGCUGCUUAAAUACCCCCUCAACUACGAAGACAUAUGCUCGCGGGGGUCUUUAGAGACAGUGCGGCUUCUGGAGUUAAUCUCUAGAAACAACAAAGAGGGUCCCCGCAGUGUGACGUUGCUAAGCAGGCUGGGCCUGCCGAGCGGGCACAGCUCCAAAGAGGGCAAGGGCAGUGUUAGCAGCAGUUCGCAUGCGGGGCUGACGUGCUUCAUGCAGUGGCAUGUGGCGCACGACAGCGCAUGCAGAGAAGAGAUAGAGACUCUGCUGGCGGGAGAGGCCUCGCUGCCGCUCUGCAGCUGCCCCAGCAGCAUCAAGCUGAGACGCAUUGCUCUGCGGCUUCUACGGCUGCCAGAGGCAUACGCCUGCCUCCCCCCUCACGAGCUGGGGCCUCUUCUGGAGAGUCACUGGGUGGUUGUAGAAGGGGGGGAGAAGGAGGAAGGCGCAGGCGUAAUGCAGCGCCUGCUGCGUGCACGAGACUGCUGCCGCCACUGCUACAAAACUCACCCUGUGGCAAAGGCGUUCCCUCAGAUGGGCUGGAGAUACAGGUCUCCCCUAGAGCAGGGAGAGGCCUCUCAGAAACAGCCCUAA